CCCUACACAGCAUUGGUCAGGGAGCUCAAUGCUGCCACUGCCACCAUGAUACUUCCUCAGGGAUCGCUCUUCUUGGUGAGCAUUGCUGCUUGCUCGACCGUCGUGGCUGCGGCGGGUGAUGCCUCCUCUCGUCCCCGGGGUGUUAGUCCCGAAUUCGCCAAGUUCUACAAAGACACCACCACCUUCACGUGCAUUUCCCACCCAGCCAUCCAGAUUCCCUUCUCCGCCGUGAACGAUGAUUACUGUGACUGUCCGGAUGGUAGUGAUGAGCCUGGCACAUCUGCCUGUGCCUUCCUCUCUCGCAACUCUGCCCUAACACCGGGUGAGCGCCCCGGCAGCGACGAUCUCGAGCUGGCAUCCGCCCUGCCGGGAUUCUACUGCAAGAACAAGGGCCACAAGCCCGGCUACAUCCCUUUCCAGCGGGUCAAUGACGGCAUCUGCGACUACGAGCUCUGCUGCGACGGCAGUGACGAGUGGGCGCGCGUUGGCGGCACCAAGUGUGAAGACAAGUGCAAGGAGAUCGGCAAGGAAUGGCGGAAGAAGGAGGAGAAGAGACAGAAGUCAAUGACUGCGGCUUUGCGAAAGAAGAAGGAUCUGCUCGUGGAGGCUGGUAGACAGCAGAAGGAGGUCGAGGACAGUAUCAAGCGUCUGGAAGUGGAGAUCCAGGCCCAGGAGCUGAAGGUCAAUGAUCUUCAGGCAGAGCUGGAGGAGGUGGAGAAGCAGGAGGCGAGCAAAGUUGUGAAGGGCAAGGCGGCGGGCAAGGUCAAUGUGCUUGCUGGGUUGGCUAAGAGCCGGGUCGAGGAGCUUCGGAACGCCCUGGUGGACGUUCGCAAGGAGCGUGACGAUACCCGUGCCCGAGUCAAGGAGCUUGAAGAGAUCUUGUCUAAGUUCAAGGUGGAAUACAACCCUAACUUCAACGACGAGGGUGUUAAGCGCGCUGUGCGCAGCUGGGAAGACUACGCCGCCAAGGGCACUCUUGAGGGCGCUGUGAACAACGCUCAGGACCGUGAUUUGGAUGAAAUCGCUAAGCCCGAUGAUGAGAAGGCGGGCAUCAACUGGGAGCAGUGGGAGAAUGAAGAGGAUGGGUGUGAGGCUGGUCUUGAGUUAGUCUACCAGUUGGCAGCCUACCUUCCGCCUUCCUUGGUUGAGUUCAUUGAAGGCAAGGUGCUCUUCGUCAGAGGUCUCUUGGAAGAUAACGGAAUCCUACCCAAGGCGGCCGAGACUUCUACGUCGGAAUCCAAGGUUGUGUCGGAAGCCCGAGAAGCCGUGAAGUCAGCAGAGAAGGAGCUUGAGAACAAGCAGAAACAGCUGAAGGACCACAAGUCCGAUCUUGAGACGGACUAUGGCGUCGGGUCCAUCUUCCGUGCUCUCAAGGGCGUCUGCAUCUCCAAGGACUCGGGUGAGUACACGUAUGAGCAUUGCUUCCUGGACCAGACGAAGCAGAUUCCGAAGAAGGGCGGUGGAUCUACACGUAUGGGCAAGUACACCGGCAUUGGAUCAAUCAGUGUUGAUGUGCUCAACGAGGCGGGCGAGAUUGUCCCUGAAGACAGGGUCACUCUUCAGUACGCCAACGGUCAAGGCUGCUGGAAUGGACCAGCCCGCUCGACGACGGUCAUAUUGACAUGCGGCGAGGAGGACGCGAUCCUGAAGGUGGCGGAAGAUGAGAAGUGCGUGUAUUCGAUGCAUGUCACGUCGCCGGCUGUGUGUCCCGGAGGCGAUGAGGGCGCAGCCGCCCCGAACCGCAAGGAUGAGCUGUGA